GAGACCUCCCACAGCAUUGGUUGAAAAUUUUACCAACAAAGAUGCCAUGAUAUCUAGAGGGYACCAUCGGAGAUGACACAACGACUUCAGAAAUUACCUCGAGCUGCUUGGUGGUUUGGAAUACAGCGUGCUGACGACAGAGUGUAGAAAGUGCGGACUGCACGAAUAGAUUGGAUCGGAUUCUCGAUUCGAUUGGAUUUGAUUCUGCUUAUUGACUUUACUUUGUCAAAAGUCAUUCGAAGGAUUUUCCGYACUUMUAGGGGAACAAGGGCUACAGCAUGCCACGAAGGAAUCAGCAGAAGAAGAGAAACAAGCGCCACAGGAAAGGGAGCUACGAUGGAAGAGGUUCGCAACAUGUGGCGGAAAACCACAACARGAAUGAAGCGAYGUCUCUCGAAGAAGAUCUUCGACAGCAAAGGAUACGACAGCAAGAACGGCAGAAAGUGAGAGAAAGGGAAGAAGAAGAAAGGAAGGAAAAACAACAACAAGGGCUAGUACUGGGCGAAGAUGAUAUUUGCAACGACGACAUUGGUUUCCAGCAGCCACAAAAGUCCAGUGCCAUGAAGAAAGCAAAGCAUUUGAUUAUGAAAGGAUCACUGCUGCCAGCAUCGAUUGCUUCGCUGCAACAAAACGGAAGCCACGGGAGCAAUUGCAGUCACAAAUCCUCGAUGUCGUCGUCGUCGUUUCCAUCCUCCGUGAUUACAUUGCCUCCUUCCUUCUUAUUGCGCCAUAUCGAACAAAGCAGCCCAAUCCUGACAAUUUACAAACGGAAUACAUUGCGAAAGAUUUGGUCGACACAGCAUCACCUAGAAAGUACGACCAUCCGGUCGAGAGCGGCCUCACUCUAUUGCAAAACCAAAUGGCCCCAAUACAUGCUCGAAUACAGCUCGAAUCUGAAGUGUUCCUGGGAUCUUUCCUGCAAACACCGACUCCAUCCUUCGGCACGAACCUUUGACGUAGCUGUGCUUGAUCCCUGUUCUGAACCAUCGCCAUCGCCCACGAUAGCCACAAUUUUUCAGGACGGCUGGGGAUUGCUCCGCCAACAAUCRCAACACAAGAUCAACACGAUCAAGGCACCAUCCGUGUACGCCAUAAGAAUGCACGAAUCAUCCAAAACGUGUGGUAUGAUCGUCCGACCGGCMAGCGACACCAACGAUUCUUUUAUGUCUCCAUACUCCUUUCGGUGGUAUCCACUUCCCCAUGCCACAUCAUACGUCGAGGCCAACCUUCCACGUCCCGUGACAGAUUUUUGCUUUGGAAACGAGAUCGCUCUUUUUUCGUGCCCACGGCAUUCGACGCUCUCUAGCGAAAGYCUGAAUCCUCUCUUUUUGCCGCUGGUAGAAGYGGAUGGUAUGAGAAACACCACUUAUUACGACAGUCCCGUGAGRACUCUCAACGUACGAAAUUUCCCACAGAGUGAUGCGUUACGAAUCGAAAUGAUGUGCAAGGAGCAAGAGAAAAUCUUGGGAUUUGGCCAUCGGAACGGRCARGUGUCGAUCAUUGAUUURCGAGCCACKGGAACCCUCUGUUCAAUCCUUCAGUGCGAACUCAAAAAUGUCGGACACCCCCUCGGAUCCGUCUCCGACUUUGGAUUUCUUUCAUCUGGGCAACAGCACCAGGUCUUGGUCAAACGAUCCUUUGGAAGCUGUCAGCUCCACGACAUGCGAAAAUCAAUGUCGUCACCGUCUCCCUCGCCAURCGAAGCUAGCUACCAYACMUCCACAACAGUUGUAAGGAACAUGACGGUGCCGCAAGACGAAAUCAAUCCCAUUGCGUCGGCGAACUGCAACGGAUUCUUCAUCGAUCCAAACUCUCGCCAAACGAUGAUGUCACCCUACAUCGCCAGUUCYUCCGGUGAUGCUCGCUUGGGAGUAUGGUCGUUGGGGACGGGUCGGAUGGUCGGGUCUCGACUCCUGCAGAAAGCCAACAAGGAGUAUGGCGCCGAACAACAUAGCUCUCUUCACGUGGAGGUUUGUUCGAAGAUCACACCCCUGGUUCUUUCGAACCAGGAACGCAAGGCCAACGAUGAUUUUUCCUYUUCGGCCUUUGGGGUUUGGAUGAAAUGUGGGGCCUUCACGAGCCAAAAGCUUCCUUCUAAAGUAGGGAGCCUCCAUCAGCUCUCUAUUCCUGGGUUAUGGGAACACGAGUGACGAGAUGACGAAGAAACGGAGWARCGUCCGUAMCAGUUACAAGAAUCAACUCAAAURCCCUACRAAYCUUUCGUUAAAGCAAAUCCGACUUAUARUUUGUUUCCUGAAAUCAUCCAUAUYGUAGAGUACUGCUAURUGUGCUACUUCCUAUUUCAGUUCGAUAGGCUUUCAAAUAGAGGUAGCUUUGAUGAACUCUAUUCUARUUAGUCAGAGUAAUCUGUAUCUACACAACAGCAACCCAGCUUGGAGUGACUAAAUUAUYACGCACAUCAAACCCGUUCCAGUACGACCGCAAUUCCUUGCCCUCCACCAAUGCACGCCGCGCCAACGUGGAUGUUGCUAUCUUGGUUGUAGGCAAACUCGUGGGCCAAGUGAGCGGUAAUCCGCGAUCCGCUCGCUCCCAGCGGAUGACCAAUGGCGAUCGCGCUCCCGUGGAUGUUGGUUUUGUCCAUAUCGAGGUUCAGCUCCUUGGCGCACGCCAAAAAUUGUGCCGCAAACGCCUCGUUGAUYUCGAUCCGGUCCACGUCCUUCUCUAGCGACAAAUCCCCGGCCCUUUUCAGGGCCUCCUUGAUGGCUGGUACCGGACCGAUUCCCAUCACCGUCGGGUCGCACCCAACGACRCCAUAGCUGACCAAUCGGCAAAGCGGGGUGAGGUUGUGCUCCGCAACGGCUUGCUCGGACGCCACAAUUAUGCUUCCCGCUCCGUCGUUGAUGCCRCUGGCAUUGGCCGCCGUCACCACCCCGUGCUUCCGAUCAAARACGGCCGGCAGCUUUGCCAGGCUUUCGAGGGUGGCAUCCGGGCGAGGAUGCUCGUCCGUGUCCAUAAGUCGGGUCGUUCCUCUCUUUUUUCCGGGUACUUCGACGGGGGCGAUUUCGGCCUGGAAGAGACCCUUUUCGUUCGCUGCCGCCCAGCCCUGUUGGCUUCUGACCGCAUGGGCAUCGCAUUCCUAAAAAAUACCGUGGUUGGACAGACGAGGGGAGGGGGAUUAACGCGAACAAAACAAUUGAGAAAAC